CCCCCUAACCGCGCCAAUGCUUGAAUGGCUUGUAGCUCUGUGCAUUGUGAUCCUGGUGGUCUUACUCUGGCCAGGCUCCAAAUAUUUUGGCACCGAGAGCCCACCGGAUGCUUUGCUUCAAGGACUGGGAAUUUCACAGCAUGCAGCGAAGGACAAGACCAUUGGGUGCGUCUCAGACCGCGAGGAGAGCGACGGUUCCCAGACGGCCUGUGCCGAUGAGAAAACACGCACCGUGGCACUGAUCUGCAAACCAUCCGCGCUGGCCAACUACCUCCUGAAACACUGCAGGACUUUCAGUAAUUACUCGCCGUGUGCCGGCUGGACGUGGCGGUCCAGCGCCUUUCUCCAGAGUGUGUACGAGGCGUGCUGGCCGUAUGACAGUCCGGUCCAGUUCGUGCGGGACAACCUGCAGCUGAGCGAUGACGGGCUGGUGGCCUUGGACUGGGCAGUGCCAUCCUACCAGAAACGACGCAGGACUUCCAGUCACUCCACCAGUCCGGUUCUUCUCAUCAUCCCAAACUCUUUUGGGAAAAUCACUAGAAAUGUGUUAAAGUUGUGUGAAACAGCGCUGUCCCAUGGCUACCUGCCAGCAGUCUUCAACCGCCGCAGCCACAACAGCACCCCGCUCACCACCCUCAAACUGCAGCAGUUUGGUGACCCUGCGGAUCUGCGCGAGGCUGUGCGCUACAUCCGCUACAGACAGCCUGCAGGAAGACUGUACGCAGUGAGCGAGAGCAGCGGGUCGGGCCUUCUCCUGUCUUACCUGGGGGAGUGUGGAUCAUCCAGCUAUGUGACGGCGGCCGUCUGCCUGUCACCCGUGUUCCGCUGCCAGAGCUGGUUUGAGAACGGGCUGUGCUGGCCCCUGCAGUGGGCAUUGGUGCUGUACCAGAAGAUAUGUCUCAGCAGGUACAGGACGGCGCUGGGUGAGACCAUACAGACGGACACCCUGUUUUCUAGCUGUUCUCUACGUGGCCUGGAGGAGGCGCUGUUCUGUCAGACUGGACAUAUGGGCUCUGCACCAGCAUCAGCAACAGGGACCAGCAGUAGCAGCAAUACUUCAGGUGCCUGGGAAGCUUACUGGGAACGCAACGAACCCUUGAGAGAUGUGGACGAAGUGGCUAUUCCUGUCCUGAGCGUGUGCGCUCAGGAUGACCCAAUCCGCGGUGACACCCAAUCCACCGUGCCCUUGGAACUCUUUGAGACCAACCCACAUUUUUUCCUCCUCCUAACUGACCGUGGAGGCCACUGUGGUUUCUCCACCCAGUCAGAGGGGAGUGCUGCUGGUGCAUUAGGCGCAGUCGGUCCUGUGGUUGCACCAAACAGUUGGAUGGAGAGCCAUGGGACCAACUGGAGCCACAGAGCUCUGCUGGAAUUCUUCAGGGCGACCACAGACUUCUUCGCUGCUGAGGAGAGAGCAAAGCAGCUUGCUGCGAGGAGGAGGGGGCUGGGGGGAGGUGCAGGAGGGAGAGUUUUCCGCCACCGCAGCGUCAGUACAUGUAAAAGAGUGCCAGCGUGUUCCCAUAAUAUCCAUGCCAUUUACAGUUGGCAGAGGUCCUACACACGAUGAGGGAGCUUAAUGGAAGUUAAUGGACUGCACUGAUGCUUUCUGAUAUUAUUUGGAUUUGAGAUGUGAGGCUCUCAGGUUGAUCUCUGCCUGUGUGACACUCAGCCACAAAGUCUUAUGAUAACCAAAACUAGAAGAGUGAAGAGGUUGUAAAAAGUAUGUGUUGUUCUCACACACUUGAUGUGAGCCAUAAAACACUAGGACUGAAAAAAGAUCAUGACAGUCCAUAAGCUUGAAUGCAGUUGUUUCAUCAAGCUGCUGAACACUAAACUCUCGAGAUGUGUGGCUAUAUAUUUUUCUAUGGACUGAUUCAAGUCUCUUCACUGCCAGCUGUAAAAACUGAAAUGUUCUGUUUUAUUAAUUCUGAGUUUUAUUAACACACAUUCAUUAUUGAUGCAUCAAUUCAUCUGUCUCACAUUUUACACAGUUUGCUACAUUUACAACCACAACUGCAUCGUCAUUUGGGAAAUUUGAAACCUCAACACUUAGUGUAGCAUCUUUCUGUUACUCUUUUUAUUACUGAAAGGAUAUUUACCGGGAAGUAAAAGUGUUGAAAGUCUUGUGCCUAGAGUAGGAAAAUAAAAUCCAGUGAAAAUUCCAAAUGACUUUGAGCUAAAUGUCAACUGAGUUUAAUGAACUCAUGCAGUGUUAUUGUGCACAUUAAAGAGAGUUUACUGUGUAUAUUAUCAUUAAA